AUGCGCAAUUUGGGAUCUCUACAUCAGUUUUUAGGAAUAACUGCCGAGAGAACCUCCACGGGAUUGCUGCUACACCAAACGAAGUAUGCGGAAUCGAUCUUGGCACGAGCUGGUAUGACAAAUUGUAAACCACUGGAAACUCCUUCCAAUCCCAAAACCAAUGUCUCUACAGAAUCACCAACAUUUUCAAAUCCUACCUUAUACCGUCAACUAGUAAGAGCUCUACAAUAUCUGACACUAACUCGCCCUGAUAUUGCAUAUGCUGUAAACCGAGCAAGUCAGGCAAUGCACAUUCCGACCGAAGUCCAGUUUUCUGCUCUUAAACGCAUUCUCAGAUAUAUUCGUGGAACGGUUCAUUACGGUCUUCCCUUAACAGGUAACUCUUUAACUCUGACUUCUUAUUCUGACUCUGACUGUGCAAGAGAUCAACAGGAUCGCAAGUCGACAAUAGGCUACUGUAAUUUUCUAGGCAACUCCCUCAUCUCUUGGAGUUUAAAGAAGCAAUCUACCAUUGCCCGCUCUUCUACUGAAGCUGAAUACCGAGCAAUAGCUGCAAAUACAACAGAAAUUAUUUGGCUUCGUCGUCUACUUCAAGAACUAGAUUGCCCUCAAAAUGGAUCGACGACUCUGUAUUGUGACAACACCUCAACUAUCGCAUUAGCAAAUAAUCCGGUUUAUCAUGCCCGGACAAAACACAUUGAAAUUGACUGUCAUUUUAUCCAAGAAUGUAUUCAAAACAACAGCAUUAAUGUUCAUCACAUCUCUACUAAAGAUCAGUUAGCAGAUUUGUUCACCAAAUCUCUACCAAAUGCUCGGUUCAAAGAACUAACCAACAAGCUAAUUCUUUCGUCUGAAACCAUUAGCUUGCGGGGGGAUGUUAGUAAUAAAUAA